AUGUUACUCCUGUGGCUAAGUCUUGUAGCAGGAGUUCAGGGGUUGAUCCCUGUAGAUAAUGAUGUUGAGCCUGAGUAUGCGGUCGCUACUGAUGAUGACGAGUCCACACCUAGUGAUUACUUUGUUAUCUUCACUGUUGCCACUGAGGAAAAUGAUCCCUUCCAGAGAUAUGUUAGAUCUCUGAAAAUCUUUGACAUGGACCAACAUCUACAGACGUUAGGAAUGAACGAGAAGUGGCUGGGAGGAGACAUGAAUUACCCAGGAGGAGGAUUUAAAGUUAACCUGCUCAAGAAAGCCAUGGAGCAGUACAAAGAAGAGGAUGACAUGAUUGUGAUGUUUACUGACAGUUACGAUGUUAUCUUCCUGGCUGACAGAGAGGAAAUUGUGGACAAUUUUAAAUCAACUGGUGCCAACUUCUUGAUAAGUGCUGAGAACUAUAUCUGGCCGGACCAGAGUCUUGAGAGUCAGUACCCCGAUAUAAAGGGUAAGAAAUACCUCUGUUCUGGUAUGAUGAUGGGCUAUGCUACAACCUUCUGGGCUAUCUUGAACUACAAGGAGAUCGAGAACACUUUUGAUGACCAGCUCUACUACACCCACGUCUACCUUGAUCCUAACUUCCGGGAAAAACACAAGAUACAACUGGAUGGAACUAGCAAGAUAUUCCACAAUCUUCACGGUGCAGAGAGGGAGAUAGAUUUCGGAUUUGGGUCCAAGAGAGUGACCAACUGGGAACAGGGCACCCAACCGCAGGUCCUGCAUGGAAAUGGCCCGACUAAACUUUCCCUGAACAGAUUUGGGAAUUAUCAUCCCAAAGUGUUUGAUCCAACGGAGGGGUUCAAGGGAAAGUGUAUGGUUUGUGAUGAAAAAGAAGGUACUAUCAAUGUUGAAGACACUGAAAACCUGCCAACGAUUCUUACAACUAUGUUUAUCACAGAACGGACUCCGUUCAUUGAUUACUUCGUCAACAAGACCUUCACACAAAACUACCCACCUGAGAAAUGGCACGUUAGGAUUUACAACAGAGUCUGGGGACACGCCGAUCAUAUUCAGGAACUUGUAAAUUAUCACGUAACAAACGGGGACAAGAAGUUUGCCAGUUUCGAGUUAAAGCAGCCUAAGGAGACGAUCAGUAAGAAAAUAUCAGACCUUUACCAAGAAGGAAUGUCGACAUGUGCCGAGCUGGAAUGUGGUUUUUACUUUGUAAUGGACAGCGUCAUAACGCUGACUGACGACAACGUCUUGAAGGAUCUUAUUCAUUGGAACAAGAGUGUCAUUACAACUCAGCUCACCCAACCAGGCCAGUACUGGAGUAAUUUCUGGGGAGACGUGAGCAAAGACGGAUUUUACAAACGAUCUACUGAUUACUUUAAUAUGGUUAAACGAGAGAGGCUUGGGUUGUGGAAUGUGGCGUUUGUCAAUCACUUGGUCGCUAUCCGUGGAGAUGUUAUUAAGGAUAAGAAAGUGAGCUACGUAAACACAAAAUAUGACGACAGUAAUUAUGAUGUAGGAUUUAACUCGAAUGCCAGGAAAAACAACGUCUUCCUCUACAUGGUUAACCUCAAGGAACACGGACAUCUCAAGCGAAUGGAGAACUACACUUCACAUCGUGUUCACAACGACUUGUGGCAGAUCUUCACCAACACCCUGGACUGGAAACUAAACUACAUCCACCCCGACUUCGAUAAAUACCUUACCAAAACGAGACCUGAGUUCCCGCAACCCUGCCCUGACGUGUACCACUUCCCUCUUCUAUCCACCAAGUUCUCCUGGCACAUAAUCCACGAACUUGAGAGCAUGCCUGGAGACAUAUUUGCUGGAUCUGGUAAAACUGAUGAUAAGAGACUGCAGGGAGGGUACGAGAAUGUUCCUACUGUCGACGUUCAUUUUACUCAAAUAAACUUCCAGCAAGAGUGGAUGAAACUGCUGCGAGACUAUGUAGCUCCCAUUCAGCGUCUAGUAUUUGAAGGUUACUCCUUCCACGGUAACGCACUGCUAAGUUUUGUGGUUAAGUACCACGAAGAAGGCCAGAGAGAGCUGCGUCCCCACCAUGACCACUCCACUUUUACCACCAACACUGCUCUCAACAGACAGGGUAUUGAUUAUCAGGGUGGUGGCAGCUAUUUUAUCAGACAGAACUGUCUCGUCAGAGAUGUUGAUAUUGGUUGGACUCUGAUGCAUCCCGGAAGAUUAACCCAUUAUCAUGAAGGAAAGCCAAUUACUCAAGGUACACGGUAUAUCUUAGUUAGCUUUAACGACCCCUAAACAAUCACGGAAUUACUUUAGCAGAUUUACUGAUGAUUGAAUUGAAACAGAACUUAACAACUUAGAUAAUGAUAUCUCUCUGCCAAAUAUUUGAUACAGUCAUGAAUUAGGGUUUUUUUAAUUUAAUUGCACAGUGUUAAUUGUUAUAUGAAAUCGGACCAAAAGGGAUUCAUUAAGAUAUUGUUUUUUCCGAAUUAUGCUACUUUUAAUCUA